CUCUAUACGCUCCCUCUUCUUCUUGCAUCGAAGAAGCCGCGAUGAAUGCGUAUUCGUAAGCUCUGCACGCAAUACGAUAAAAAAUAUUUAAUGAGUUACUGCUGUUAAAUAUUUAAUGAAUUACUACUAUUGGUCAAUCGCUCUAAGGGAGAGCUCAUUUGAUGAUCUCUUGAGAACCUCCCACAGUCCUUACGCAGUCGUUCUAGAAUAUACAUCGAGUUGGGAAAUAUAUCGAGAGUAUUGUAGCUUUUUUAACCUUCCUGAAAGCGCGUUUAUCUUACUGCGUGUAAAUAUCGAUGUUUUUCCCCAUGUAAGAAACACUAUCAAACAAAGGAAAGGAAUUAUGACGCGUAAAAAUACAAUUAAUCGCACGAUAGAAUUUUUGCUCACCUCAUUCGGUGUCUGGCCAGGUAUAUCAUGCGUUCUAUUGUACAGAGUAUUUUGGAUGAUUACGCUAGUGAUCAACCAAUUCUUCCAUUACCGGUAUUUUGUAACACAUUUUAAUAUCGACAAUCUUUUCAAUUUGAUGGAUUGUUUGAGUAGCUUCUUGGCACAUGUGAAGUUGACUUUUAAACUCAUUAUCUUCUCGUUAAAACAAAGAGAAUUCAUCGAAAUUUUGACGACGAUGACAAAAGACUGGAGCUAUUGCGGUGAGAGCGAUGUUGCAUUGCACGAAACAGCACGCAAAGCAAAACUAUCGAGCCGUAUUUGUAAUGGGCUAAUUAUUCUUCAUACAAUUGCCGCGCUCGCAUACGUCAUUGGUAUCCUCUUAGCCGAUGCCGACGUCACCGAUCGAACGACCGAGCUGCCCCUCAUGAUGAAAAUGGAAUAUCCCUUCGUUAUAGACACGCUACGCAAGUACAGACUGGUGUUAGCUACGCAAUUCGUGUAUGUGAUGGCGUGCAGUUUGGGGGCUGGUUUAUUCAACGCCGUGUUUCUAACUCUGACUCUACAUAUAGGUGGACAAAUAAACAUCUUGCUUUGCUGGUUGACGGAAGUUGGAUCGAUAGAGAUCGCAAGAAUGACGAAAAUCAUUCGAAAACAUCAAAAAAUUAUCAGCCUUUCGGAAAAGAUUGAGAAUCUUUAUUCGUACAUUGCUUUAUUGCAAUUCACAUCGAAUACGGUGAUGAUUUGCUCAUUGGCAUUUCUUAUUGUAACUGCAAUCGGCAGUCCCGACGCCACCGAGCAGAUAGUGAGAUCUCUUUUAUUUUACGCUGUAACAAAUCUCGAAGCGUUUAUAUUCUGUUUUGCUGGAGAAUACCUAAGCAACAAGAGCACCGCGAUCGGAAACGCAGCGUAUAAUUCUGAUUGGUACGAUAUGAAGACCGCGGAUAGUCGUAUUUUAUUGUUUAUAAUUUUAAGAUCACAGAGAAAAUUGAGGUUCACGGCUGGCAAAAUGAUGGAUCUCUCCUUGGAAUGCUUUACUAAUAUCAUGAAAGCCUCGGGAUCUUAUUUGUCGGUUCUGCUGUCCUUACGCAGUCGUUCUGGAAUAUACAUCGACAAACGAAGAAAAGAAAUUAUGACCCGUAAAAAUACAAUUAAUCGCACGUUAAAAUUAAUGCUCACUUUGUGCGGUAUAUGGCCGGGCACGUCGUGCGUUAUAAUCUGUAGAGCAUAUUGGAUCAUUGCAUUAACGAUAGAUAUUAUCUGCCAUUAUCGGUAUCUUCUGCUGCAUUUGCACUCGAGCAAUCUCUUCGACUUGAUGGAUUGUUUCAGUAGCUUCCUGACUCAAGUGAAGUUUAUGACUAAGUUGAUUAUAUUUUGGCUGAAUGAACAAAAAUUCGCCGAGAUUUUGACGAUAAUGGCGGAAGACUGGAACGAUUGCAGCAACAACAACAUUAAUAUGCGCGAAACAACGUGCAAGGCUAAAUUAGCAGGUCGUAUCACUAAUGCGAUGUUCACACUUCACACCUUAACGAUCGUUGGGUAUAGCAUCGGCAUUUUUUUGGCCGACGUCGACGUCACCGAUCAUCACUCCGAACUACCUCUCCUCUUAAAAGUGACGCUUCCUGUCGACAUAAAGACAAAGCGCGAGUACAAAAUGCUGUUAUCUGCACAAUUUAUCCAUCUCAUCCUGUCCGGCUGUGGAACUGGUUUACUAAAUGCUCUGCUUUUAACUUUGGUUUUACACACAGGCGGCCAAAUAAACAUCCUGCGUUGCUGGUUGAAUGAGCUUGUAACUAAAGAAAACGAAGAUGGAGGCGAAAUUGUCGUCACGACGAGUAAAAUCAUUCGAAAGCAUCAAAGAAUCAUCAACUUCGCGGAAUACAUCGAGAAUAUGUACACGUAUAUCGCCUUGUUGCAAUUCAUAUUAAACACUGUGCUGAUUUGCUCGUUGGGGUUCCUUAUUGUAACCGCGAUUGGCAGUCCCGAUGCGACGAAGCAGAUAGGGAGAACCCUCUUAUUUUACACUGUGACAAAUCUCGAAGCGUUUAUAUUUUGCUUUGCAGGAGAAUAUUUGAAAAACAAGAGCAAAGCUAUUGGAAAUGCAGCGUACUAUUCUGCAUGGUAUAAAAUGAAACCUAAGAAUAGUCGUAAUAUAAUAUUCGUCAUAUUAAGAGCGCAGAAGCAAUUGACGCUUACAGUUGGAAAAAUAAUGGAUCUUUCUUUAGAAUCGUUUACAGACGUAAGAUUUACACAUAGAAAAAUAAUUAUGGACAAUAAUACAUAACAAGAUAUACUCGUAACAAGAUAUUUUCUACACGAGAUUUACUUAUUAUCUAUAUAAUCUUUUCAUAUCCAUCUGUUACGUAAAUAUUAUGUAAAUUUUUUAUAGCAAUAUUUUUAUAUAAAACACUCUUUUUCUGUAAUAAGAUCA